UGAACAAAGGAGCGUGCUUUAAGAUUCCCUCGAAGUCGCGGUUGGACUUCGACCACGUUCGCUUAUUAUUCAAUCUGAACUGGGUAAAGAGUUUGACUGACUACCAUACUAAAGCUAAAUUUUGGAGAAUCGUACUACAUAAAACAUGAGUAGUAGUGAUGAAAUCUCUUGGAUAUCAUGGUUCUGUGGCCUACGUGGAAAUGAGUUCUUUUGUGAAGUAGAGGAGGAUUACAUCCAAGAUCGAUUCAACCUUACCGGUUUAUCAGAGCAAGUUCCUGAAUACCGUGAUGCUCUCGAUAUGAUACUUGAUUUGGAAACUGACCCUUCUGAUAAUCCAGAAAAUACCGAUCUCAUUGAACAAGCAGCUGAAAUGCUUUAUGGACUAAUACAUUCUAGAUACAUUCUGACAAAUCGUGGUAUUUGUUUUAUGGUGGCGAAAUGGCAGCAAGGAGAUUUCGGUUAUUGUCCUAGAGUUUACUGUGAAAGUCAACCAUGUUUACCAGUCGGUUUAUCAGACGUUCCGGGUGAAGCUAUGGUUAAAAUAUAUUGUCCUAGAUGUCAAGAUACCUAUACACCGAAAUCUACUCGUCAUCAUCAUACAGAUGGAGCGUAUUUCGGUACUGGCUUUCCGCAUAUGUUGUUUUUAGUUCAUCCAGAGUACAGACCAAAACGAGCUAGUAAACAGUUUACUGCAAGGUUAUUUGGCUUUAAAAUACAUCCUUUGGCUUAUCAACUACAAUAUCAAGCUGCGGCUAAUUAUGUUAUGCCUGUACGCCCUGGUUUUUCAAAACGUGCAUAAAAUUAGAAACGACUUUACUGUUGAUCGUUGUAAAUCACGUCUGAUUUAAGCGUGGUGGAAACUAAUACUUAUUUGUAUUGUUGUUAUUGUUUUUUCUUCACAUCUUUUGUGAAUUCAUCAGUUAGAAAGAGAAAUAUAAUUUUAAUAGAACCAGAUAAUUGAUGUUCUCUUUCCAUGUUAGUACCCUAUGUGUUUAUAUUCACUUCAUUGGAAAUCUGUUAAAAAAGUGCAAAUGCACUAUACUAUAUGUUCAUUUUGGAAAACUAGUCCCCAAUUUGUUCCUACUUUGAACCGUUAAUAUGGUGUACAUAAAGCAUCGAUAAAGUUCAUUCUACCUGUGUAGUUUGAACUCAUGUCUUUCAGUUAAGAAUAUUAGGAGUAAACUUUUCUGCUUUAGAUAACCUUUUGCAAUGAAAGACCAAAUGAGAUAAGUAGUUAUGACGAUCUUCUGUUUUUCAUUUUGUUAGCCAACAUGCUUCUUAUCAAUAGGUGUUAACUUCAUGGAUUGUAGCCUUCGUGUUAUUAUUAUGUCAUCUCUUGUGUACAUUACUAGUUUCAAAAUAAUCUUACUUCACGGUAGACAAUGAUUUAAAUUCUUGAAUACAUUUCCAAACAAUUUUAU